GUCAACACUCAACCUUCACCACAGCGCACCGAGAAGAAGGCGUGGCUUGGUGACGCAUUGCGGCUCGAGCAGGAUCGGUGUGUGCAUUGUGCGGGAGGCGUGUGUCCCUCUCCCAACCAAAGAGCAAGGAGCGAAAUCGAGUGGACCACGCAACAGCCUCUCCGCUCCAAACAGAAUGUCGUCAAGGAAUGUAUUCUAGCUGGAAAUGCAAGGGAGCACCGACCAGUCGCAGUAUUUUAUUUAAAAUCUAUAGACCCAUAAUAAUCUGAAAUAUGGCUGAAGUGAAGUCGAGGUGAGUUGCGCUGUUGCUCAGACAACUUGCUGUUGAGUGGUGCGCACUCCACUCUCCGCCUCUCGCCAGCCAGCCUGUCGGAUGAAAAGAAAACGGAUAGAUCCCGUUCUUUUUUGUUCUUCUAUCAAUCGAUAGUCAUUAGACUGUGGAAUCAUGUCGAUGGGACAGGACGAAAACUCAGUCCGGGUGGCUUUGAGGAUUCGUCCUCAACUGGCCCGGGAAAAGAUUGAGGGAUGUCACAUCUGUACGUUUGUGACCCCAGGGGAGCCCCAGGUGAUGCUGGGUAAAGACAAGGCCUUUACUUACGACUAUGUGUUCGACAUGGACUCCUGUCAGGACAGCAUCUACGCUAGCUGCACUGAGAAGCUGAUCGAGGGCUGCUUCGAAGGAUACAACGCCACCAUUUUUGCCUAUGGCCAGACGGGGUCAGGUAAGACCUACACCAUGGGUACAGGGUUUGAUGUUAAUAUCGGGGAAGAGGAGCUGGGCAUCAUACCCCGGGCGGUCAGCCACCUCUUCAGGGGCAUUGAGGAGCGCCAGCAGACCGCUAAAGAGCAGGGACGACCCGUUCCUGAGUUCAAGAUCAACGCACAGUUCCUGGAGCUUUACAAUGAGGAGGUGCUGGAUCUGUUUGACUCUACACGGGACCUGGAAGCUCGGGCGCAGAAAUCCCACAUAAAAAUCCACGAGGACGCUAAUGGAGGAAUCUACACAGUAGGGGUGACCACACGGACGGUAGCCUCCGAGGCAGAGAUGAUGCAGUGUCUGAAGCUGGGUGCUCUGUGUCGAACCACCGCCAGCACCCAGAUGAACGUCCAGAGCUCCCGCUCUCAUGCCAUCUUCACCAUUCACCUGUGCCAAGUCAGAGUCUGUGCAUCCGACAAUAAAGACAACAACGAGACAGACAACAACGAGACAGACAACAACGAGACUGACAACAGGAUUGCUAACGGCAACUCAGAGAUGGAAGAGUAUGAGACACUGACCGCCAAGUUUCACUUUGUGGACCUGGCCGGUUCUGAAAGGCUGAAGAGAACCGGUGCUACAGGAGACCGAGCUAAGGAGGGAAUCUCCAUCAACUGUGGACUGCUUGCUCUGGGGAAUGUAAUUAGUGCUUUGGGAGACAGGAGCAAGCGAUCCACGCACGUGCCCUACAGAGACUCCAAACUCACCCGGCUCCUACAGGACUCUCUAGGUGGAAACAGCCAAACGAUGAUGAUAGCCUGCAUCAGUCCGUCUGACCGGGACUUCAUGGAGACUCUGAACGCCUUGAAGUACGCUAACAGAGCCAGGAACAUUAAGAACAAGGUGAUGGUGAACCAGGACAAGGCCUCCCAGCAGAUCUCUGCUCUCAGGACAGAAAUCGCCAGGCUACAGAUGGAACUGAUAGAGUACAGGACCGGUAAGCGUAUGGUGGGAGAGGAUGGUAUGGAGAGCAUCAACGACAUGGUCCAUGAAAACACCAUGCUGCAGACUGAGAACAGCAACCUGAGGAUCAGGGUCAAAGCCAUGCAGGAGACCAUUGACGCCCAGAGGGCCAGACUCACACAGUACCUCAGUGACCAGGCCAACCAGGUCCUCGCCAGGGCAGGUGAGGGCAGUGAAGAGAUUGGGAACAUGAUCCGGAGCUAUAUCAAAGAGAUAGAGGACCUCAGGGCCAAACUCCUGGAAAGUGAGUCUAUGAAUGAAAACCUGCGUAAGAACCUGUCCCGUGCCUCCUCACGCCAGUCCUUCUACCCCGGAACCUUCUCCCCUGCUCUCCUGGCCCCCGAGAAGGAGGCCUCCGACAUCAUCGAGAUGGCCAAGAAAGAUCUGGAGAAACUCAAGAAGAAGGAGAGGAAGAAGAAGAAGAGGCUCCAGCAGCUGCUGGAAGAGAGAGAGAGGGAGGAGCUUGUAGAGGAGGAGGAUGGCAGUGUCGUCAAGGAAGAAGUCCCCGACAAUGACCAAGACCAAGGGAUGGAAAAAGAGCUGACUGAGCGGUCCAAUGACGAGCCUGAGAUGGAUGGGAGUGACCAUGAGGAUGAGGAAGAUGAGGAGGAGGAAGAGGAGGAGAUGGAUGUGGAGGAGAGCUCUGAUGAUUCAGACUCUGAGUCAGAUGAGAAAGAGAACUUCCAGGCGGACCUGGCCAACAUCACGUGUGAGAUCGCCAUCAAGCAGAAGCUGAUAGAUGAACUGGAGAACAGCCAGCGCCGUCUGCACACGCUCAAACAGCAGUACGAACAGAAACUGAUGAUGCUGCAGAGCAAGAUCAGAGACACACAGCUGGAGAGGGACCGGGUGCUGCACAACAUGGGCUCAGUGGAGACAUGCAGCGACGAUAAGGCUAAGAAGAUCAAGCAGGAGUAUGAGAAGAAGCUGAGCAUCAUGAACAAGGAACUACAGAAGCUACAGUCAGCGCAGAAGGAACACGCACGCCUGCUCAAGAACCAAUCCAAGUACGAGACACAGCUGAAGAAGCUCCAACUGGACGUCACAGAGAUGAAGAAGACAAAGGUUCGUCUGAUGAAGCAGAUGAAGGAUCAGCAGGAGAAGAACAGGAUGACAGAGUCCAGGAGAAACCGAGAGAUCGCCACCCUCAAGAAGGACCAGCGCAAACAGGAGCACCAGCUGAAGCUCCUAGAAGCCCAGAAGAGACAACAGGAGCUCAUUUUGCGCAGGAAGACUGAGGAGGUGUCUGCUCUGAGGAGACAGGCCAGGCCUAUGUCUGGUAAGGUGACCAGCAGGAAGGUGAGUCUCCCAGAGCCCCUCCAGGACUCCUCCCACCGACCCCCCUCAGGACGCCUGCAGUCCUCUAGCUCCACCUCCACCAACGGAACCAGGUCCUACUACAGGCGGUCAACAGGCAUAUAUUCCACCAGAGUGGCCAGGGUGAAGUGGCAGUCUCUGGAGCGUCGUAUCUCUGAUGUCAUCAUGCAGAGGAUGACCAUAUCCAACAUGGAGUCUGAAAUGAACCGCCUGCUCAAGCAACGUGAGGAGCUGACCAAGCGGAGGGAGAAGGUGACCAGAAAGAGGGACAGGCUGGCGGGGGAGGGGCCUGAGGCUGAAAAGGCGGUGCUUCCCCUCAACGAGGAAGUGGACGCCGUGGUUGCCAACAUCGACUACAUCAACGACAGCAUCGCUGACUGCCAGGCCAACAUUAUGCAGAUGGAGGAAGCCAAGGAGGAGGUUGACACGGUGGAUGUUUCCGCAGUCAUCAGCUCCUGUACCCUAACAGAAGCCCGCUUCCUGCUGGACCACUUCAUGUCUAUGGCCAUCAACAGAGGUCUGCAGGCGGCUCAGAGGGAGUCCCAGGUGAAGGUGAUGGAGGGCAGGCUGAAGCAGACUGAGAUCACCAGCGCCACUCAGAACCAGCUGCUGUUCCACAUGCUGAAGGAGAAGGCAGAGUUUAACCCCGAACUGGACGCCCUGCUGGGGAACGCUCUGCAAGAGCUAGGUAACAUGCCAUUGGAGAACGGGGAUGACAGCAGCAGUGACGAAUCUGCCCAGAGUCCUGCAACAGAGGGACACUCCCUGGCAUCAGAUCUAAUGAAACUCUGUGGAGAGACCAAAACAAGGAGCAAGGCUCGUAGAAGAACCACCACUCAGAUGGAGUUGCUCUACGCCAAUAGUGACGCUGCCCCUGACAUGCCCAGCGGAGAUUUCUCCUCCCCCUGUCUCCCAUUGGCUGAAACACCAGAAGAGGGCAGAGAUCCUGAGACCCCCAUUGGCUCAUCAGUCAGGGACAGAGACUUUAUGGCUCAUUCUCCUGGCUUGGCCUCUAAGAUGGGCAGCAUUUCCGGCUCCAUGGCUGCCUCCUCCUCGGGGGCGGAAAAGAGAGUUCCAGAGCCCUCGCCGCUCUCUCGCAGGAAGACCUAUGACAGGGCACAAGCGGCGGCUAAGGUCAAGGAGAUCAAACAAGGGGUAAUCAACCCAGUGCCCUCUUCAAAGGGCAGUCGGUCAGCAACACUACAGUGUGUCCAUGUGGCUGAGGGUCACACUAAAGCGGUGUUGUGUGUCGACUCUACUGAUGACCUCCUCUUCACCGGCUCCAAAGACCGUACGUGUAAGGUGUGGAACCUGGUGACGGGUCAGGAGAUCAUGUCCCUGGCGGGUCACCACAACAAUGUGGUGUCAGUCCGCUACAGCUCCAGCCUGGUCUUCACCGUCUCCACCUCCUACAUCAAGGUCUGGGACAUCCGAGACUCAGCCAAGUGCAUCCGCACCCUCACGUCUUCUGGUCAGGUGACUCCUGGCGAUGCCUGCGCGUCCAGCACCAACCGGACUGUCACCAUCCCGGCAGGAGAGAACCAGAUCAACCAGAUUGCCCUCAACCCCAGCGGCUCUGUCCUGUACGCCGCCGCCGGCAACUCUGUCAGAGUCUGGGACGUAGGAAGAUUUGUAUCUACAGGGAAGCUGACUGGUCACCUGGGUCCAGUCAUGUGUCUGACUGUGGACCAGAGCGGGAACGGUCAGGAUCUGGUCAUCAGCGGCUCCAAGGACCAUUACAUCAAGAUGUUUGACGUGGCAGAGGGGGCCCUGGGUGCUAUUGGCCCCACACACAACUUUGAGCCUCCCCACUACGAUGGAAUCGAGUCCCUGGUGGUGCAGGGGGACGUUCUCUUCAGUGGCUCCAGGGACAACGGCAUUAAGAAGUGGGACCUAGCCCGCAAAGACCUACUGCAGCUAGUGCCCAAUGCCCACCGUGACUGGGUGUGUGCCCUGGGUGUGGUGCCUGGCUCUCCGGCCCUGCUGAGCGGCUGUAGAGGAGGGGUGCUCAAGCUUUGGCACACAGACACACUGGGGGCCCUGGGGGAACUCAAGGGCCACGAGAGCCCCAUCAACGGCAUCUCCACCAACAGCAGCCACCUCUUCACAGCAUCUGAUGAUCGAACAGUGAAGAUCUGGCGUGCCCGGGGCGGACUCGACAGCACCUUAGAGACAACGGCGGACACCACUGACGAGGUGGCCAAUAACUGAACAUGGCUGUGACCUCCCGUCGUGACCCUUAACCUUGGACGCUGCUGACUAGCACUUUUACCUCUGAGCUUUCACCUUGGAAACCAUGGAACCCCCCCCCCCCCCCCCCCCCCCCCC